AUGGCGAUGGCAAGGUUUGAGACAGAGAAGUUCAAUGGAUUGAAUGAUUUUGGUCUAUGGCAAAUCAAGAUGAGGGCAUUGCUUACUCAUCAAGGAUUGGAUGAAGCCUUGGAGGAAGGAGAGAAGGAUGAUAAAUCUGAUGCACAGAAGAUCGAGAUCUUGAAGAAGGCCAAGAGCGUGCUCAUUCUGAAUCUGGAUGACAAAGUGUUGAGGGAGGUUGCGAGAGAGGAAUCUGCAGCUGCGAUUUGGAAGAAACUGGAGGAUCUCUACAUGACCAAGUCGUUAGCCAACAGGUUAUAUCUUAAGCAACGUCUAUACUCUUUCAGAUUCAAUGAUGAUAAACCGAUUGGGGAUCAAUUGGAUCAAUUUAACAAGAUACUAGAUGAUAUAGAGAAUGUUGAUGCUAAGAUGGAGGAAGAGGAUAAGGCGAUUGCAUUGCUAAAUGCACUCCCCAAAUCCUUUGAACACUUCAAGGAGGCUAUGCUCUAUGGAAGGGAGAAGUCCAUUACUCUGAUGGAAGUCCUCACAUUACAAGAAGAGUCUGUACAUCAGAUCCUGAAUGUAGUUGCAGAGCAGAUAGGAGAAGCCUGGAUCAUAGAUUAUGGCUGCAAUUUCCAUGUAAGUUCUCACAAGCAAUGGUUUGAAGAUUUUAAAGCAUCAAAUGGCUCUGUGAUUCUUGGAAAUAAUCAGACUUGUCUGAUAAGAGGGAUGCGCAAUAUCAGAAUGAGAUUUGCAGAUGGUUCUAUGAUAUUGCUCACUGAUGUGAGGUUCAUACCAGAAAUCAAGAGAAACCUAGUCUCACUUGGACUUCUUGAGACAAAAGGGUAUGGUUUCAGAUCAGAGGGUGGAAGAUUGGUCAUCUAUAAGGGGUCCAAGACAGUGAUGAGUGCUGAAAAGAGACAAACUUUCUAUUAUCUUGAAGCAAGUGUUGUAACUGGAAGUACAAAUGUUGCUGAAAAACAAAUAGGUGUGCAUACAUGGCACAUGAGAAUGGGCCACCUAGGUACAAAGGGAAUGCUGAGGCUUGCAAAUAAAGGUGUAUUCAAGAUGGGGAAAGAAGAAGAUCUCAGCAAGUGUUGCAGUGUAUGA